AUGGUAACUUGCUACAACUGUGGUGAAUCAGGACAUAUCAACACUCAUUGCAUGAAGCCUAAGCAAGCUUCAACUGGAGGAAAGUUGUUCGCUCAGACGGGGACUCAGACUUCUAGUGAUGACAUGUUGAUAAGAGGUAUAUGUUAUAUUAAUAAUACGCCUUUGAUUACUGGUGCAACUCAUUCAUUUAUUGUUGUUGACUGUGUGAAAAGGCUAGGCCCUAUUGUGUCUUAUAUGGGUGGAGAAAUGGUUAUCGAAACUCCUAUUAAGGAUUCAGUGACUACUACUUCAUCAGUGCGGUUUCUUACUCCUGGUGAGGAGGAAGAAGUUGGUUUCUUGUCUACUAGAGAGUUGAAGGAGCUUUUGGAAGAGGAAGCUCAGGUAAUGAGGGAUUUUCCAUAUGUGUUUCCAGAAGACAUUCCAGAUAUACCACCAGAGAGAGAGAGGGAGAGGAUGUCUGCAUCGAAGUUAGCAGAGUUGAAGAAAUAA